AUGAACCUCCCGCCGGCGGCCCGGCCGGGGAGCCCGUUCAACCCGGCCGCGCUCGGCCUGCCCGCUCCGCCGCCGCAAGGGUCGAGCAACAACUUUGCGGGCCUGUACUCGUCGAGCGGGUUCGACAUGCUCGGCGUCCUCGCUCGAGUCGCGGCGCGACCAAAUCCUCAGAUCCAGAUCGGCCCUGUCGACUCGUCGUGCGCGUUCGCCGUCGUCGACGCGCGCAGGUGGGACCAGCCGCUCGUCUUUGUCAGCGACACGUUCGUCAAGAUGACGGGCUACACGAACGAGGAGAUCAUCGGGCGCAACUGCCGCUUCCUGCAGACGCCCGGCGGCGGCACGAUCCAGGGCGCGCCGCGCAAGUACACGGACGGCAACGCGGCGUGGCACAUGCGGCAGCACAUCCAGGUGGGCAAGGAGAGCCAGUCGAGCUUGAUCAACUACACCAAGUCCGGCCGCCCCUUCAUCAACCUCGUCACCAUCAUCCCGAUCUGCUGGGAUACGGAGGAGAUCGCCUACUUUGUCGGGUUCCAGGUCGACCUCGUCGACCAGCCCAACGCCAUCCUCGACCGCAUGCGCGACGGCUCGUACGUCGUCAACUACUCGCUCCAGCGCCCUCGCAACGGCGGCGGGUCCGUCGCAGGGUCGGUCUCGUCGGCGGGCACGGUCGCGCCGCAGACGGUCAAGCCGACGCCCGGUGCGGCCAUGGGCGGCGCUGGCGGUGAGCCGUCGACCAAGACGGACGACGAGCUCCUCAACAUCGUCAUGGGUCGCGGCGCUGGCGCCCUCGAGCUCGAGCCCGACAAGCGCGCGUUCAACAAGCUCCUCCUCGGGCACGCCGACGACUUCAUCCACGUCCUGAGCCUCAAGGGUUCGCUCCUGUACUGCUCGCCGGCCGUCGCCCGCGUCCUCGAGUACGAGGCGAGCGAGCUCGUCGGCGCCACCCUGUCGUCGCUGUGCCACCCGUCCGACGUCGUGCCCGUCAUGCGCCAGCUCAAGGACGCGUCGUCGGCGUCCAACCCGCACGUCCGCCUCCUGUACCGCAUCCGCCGCAAGCACUCGGGCUACGUCUGGAUCGAGUCGAUCGGCAAGCUCCACAUCGAGCCGGGCAAGGGCCGCAAGGCCGUCAUCGCCGUCGCUCGACCGCGCGACGUCCUCCAGAUGAACUGGAAUGAGCUGCGCCAGAGCGGCGGCCUCGGCGACACCGAGUUCUGGCUCAAGCUCAACCCGCGCGGCACUGUCCUCGCCGCGACGUACGGCACCCAGGUCCUCCUCGGCACCCAGCCGCAGGACCUCGUCGGCACGUCGCUCCUCGAGUACGUCAUCCCCGAGAACCACGGCAGCGUCGAGGUCGCGCUCCAGCAGGCGCAGCUCGGCGCUCCCGCCACCGUACAGUACAAGGUCCGAGGGCGCCGGGGCAUGAUCGACAGCGUCUUUGGCUCGUCGGCGCCCGUCUGGGUCUCGACCGGUCGCUCGCCGGCCAUCUCGGAGGCCGACUCGAACGACUCGAGCGGCAGCAGUCGCGAGGGCAGCUCGACCGGCGGUACGGCGUUCCAGAGCACGUUUAAGAGCCUCACGCACCCGAGCUCGGUCAGCGACAACGUCUUUGACGAGCUCGAGACGAGGCGGCCGACGAGCUGGCAGUUUGAGCUCCACCAGCUGCAAAACAUGAACAAGAAGCUGCGCGACGAGAAGGACUACCUCAUGGCGCUCCGGCGCAAGCGCGGCAGCAUGCAGUCGGAGCGGUCGCGCAAGGCGUCGUCCGACUCGGGCUCGCGCGCCUCGAGCUCGAACACGGGCAGGAUGUGCCAGAACUGCGGCAGGGCCGACUCGCCCGAAUGGCGCUCGGGCCCGAACGGCGCCAAGACGCUCUGCAACGCGUGCGGGCUGCGGUGGGCCAAGUCGCAGAAGCAGGCGGCGUCGUCGGGCAGCAGCUCGAGCGGGUCGUCGGGCCUGCAGCUCGCCGGCGGCAACGGCGUGAGCCCGCUCGCGUCGCCGUCGUCGGUCCUCGCCGCGUUCCAGCCGAUGAGCAUCUCGCCUGCGCCGCUGGCGGGCCAGUCGCCGCCGAUGUCGUUCUCGUCGCUCCCCAAGGUCGAGGAGGACAACUGGAUGCGGCAGCAGUGAGCGCCUUGUCGCCUCGCCGUCCUCCCUCCCUUCCUCGUCGCGUCCCU